AUGAUCAAGACAUACUACGGCUCCACCACUGCGCGGGUUAUAGUCUACAACAAUCUUUCAGAACUCUUUGCUAUUCGGUCUGGUGUUCGACAAGGCUGUGUCUUAUCGUCCAUCCUUUUUAACUAUGCAAUUGACUGGGUUCACGGGAGGGCCCUACAGGGAAAUGACGGUAAUGAGCUUGCACACGAACGCCGGUUGACUGAUCUCAACUACGCCGAUGAUAUCGCUUUACUAGCUCAAAGCUUUGACGAGCUACAGUCUAUGGAGUCACGGGUGAACGAGGGCGCAAAAUCGGUUGGAUUUGCUUAGAAGGCGCCCCGCGACAUUGAUGGCUGUAAACUUGGAGAAGUAGGCAAUUUCAAAUACCCCGGAGCGAGGUUUCAGCCGAAUGGACAGAGUAAAGAUGACAUUGUCUCCCGAAUUGACGCAGCACGACGAGCUUUCCCUAUCCUUCGAAAGUGCCUCUGGACCUGA